GGAGGCGGGCCCGCGCCCGAAGAGAUGGCCAACAUCGUGCUGGUCACCGAGGACAUCGCGCCGGCUCUGUUCCAGAAGCCCCCUCCGCCGAAACCUCGCGGCGACCGGGAGCGCCGGGAAGAGCGUGGCGACCGCCGAGACGGCGACAGGCGCAGCGGCGCGCGGGACAAGCCGGCGAGGGAGGCCGAGCAAGCGGCCCACGCCAUCGAGGAGGCCGUCCACGCUCAGGCCGCCGCCAUGGCCGCCGAGAAGACGGCGGCCGCCCAGGCGUCCGCGGAGGAGCAGAUGCAUCUGGAGAGCCUCGUGAAUUUCGUGGCCUUCAACAAGCGCGAGCAGAUCAAGGUCUUCCUGCCCGACGACGAGUUCGUGCCCCGGCCGCCCCCGACGCCCGCCAAGGCGCCGGUCACCUGGGCGCCCAGGGAGGCGUCGAGAGGGAAGGAAGACGCCACCUCCGACCGGGCGAACAAGGAGGCGCAGAUGGUCCUGCGCGGGGCGCUCCUCUCCCCGAAGAGCGGGGCCAUGGUGGCGCUCGGGCUCCACUCGCAGCUGAUGGAUCUGGAGAUUGCUGUCAACCGUGUCACGUUUGAGUUGAUGGUGAACGCGUGCGUCCAGGCCAAGACGCUGCAGGCGGCCAGCGACCUCCUGAUGAGCAUGGAGGCCGCUGGGCACACGCCGAGCAACGAGCUCCUGGACCAGGUCAUGGAGCUGUACCUGUUGCACAAGAGCGACGAGCCCGCGAGGAAGAAGGCGGAGGCUGAGGCCGCGAAGGCCGAGGCCGAAGCCGCCGCCGCGCAGGCAGCGGCGGCGCCGCCGGCGCCCGCAGCCGCGGCGUCCGCCGCGGCCGCGCCCAUCGGCGGGCGGGAGGCCGCGCUCGGCUUCGAGCUCGCUGGCGUCGCCCCCGCCGCCAACGCCAACCCUCCGCCGCCGCCGCCCGGGCCGCCGCCGCUGGACAUGAUAGCACCGUGCUCUGGGGCGGCGAUGUCGCAGCCCCUUCCGGCGAUGCAGCACCAGCCGCUCGUGCUCGCCGGCGGGCCGCCCAGGCCCGGCGGCUUCGUGCAGAACCCCGGCGGCGUCGCCGGCGGGUCCUGGGACCCCGGGUAUUCCGUGCCGUCGAUGGACGGCAUGGGACGGGCUGCCAGGUGGCCAGUGGCGACCGCGCCGGAGGUGGGGAAGGAUGACCUGCCGGUCUUUAGCAUUCCGGAGGAGUUCUCGACGAUCGAGGAGAAGGCCACCGCGAGCAAGGAGGCCCCGGGCGGCGGCGAGGCGGGCGAGGACGGGGCCCUGGCCGGCCACGCCGGCGGGACCUUCAACCCGGACGCCGCGGAGUUCGUGCCGGGCGGCAUCGGCCAGGCUCGCGUCGUGCCCGCUCCCGAGGAAGCCCUGCCAAUACAAGGCGCCACCCGCCGGGACGGCUUCGAGGCGAACGGCUACGGCGGCAUCUCCGCGUCCGCCAAUUUGGCCAUGGCCAUGGGCAGGGGUGCCGACGCCGCGGCCUACGGCUUCGGCGGCGGUGGCUACGACUACGGCCGGGAGGGGGCCGCCUACGGCCACGCGGGGAGCUCGCUGGACAUGCGCAUGUCGGCGGCAGAGAUCGGGCACAACGUGUGGGGCGGCUCCUUCGAGGCCAGCUCCGAGUACGGCUACGCGCAGAAUCGGGGCGGCCCCGGCGCGGACGGCUACGGCAACCCUUUUUUGAGCGACCAGCUCCAGGACGGCUACGGCAGUGACAGCCAGUGGGACAUGCUCGGUCAGGCCCUCUGGCAGUUCACCAUGGACCGGUUCCGCGGCCAGGAAGGGGAACAGCCGCUGCUGGCGAAGGACAAGAUCCUGGAGCCUGUCCUGAGGACCCCGUUCGGGCUCAGGAGCGGCUCUGGCCUGCGGGCCGCUCCCGAGGCCCAGGAGUACGACCGCUACGCGCCCUACGGCACCAUCGACAUGCGCGAGCUGUUUCUCCUGAUCAGGGAUCUGGGCUUCGACGUGUCGAAAUCCGCCGACGAGGUAAAGAAGUUCGACAGGACUGAGGGGAACUCAGACGACAAGCUGGACUUCCACGAGUUCUGCAGCUUCGUCGAGAGCUACAUGCAGAGGGACCACGUGCAGAGCAAGUAUAAGCCUGAUGAGCCGGAGGACCCGACGGGAGGACCCCAUGCCGGAAGAUCUGAAAAACGACGAUUGGCCUACGCAGCAGAGGACCGAAAGUGA